UACAUUGCAGUCCCAAACUGCAGUCUUUGCUCUCGUCUCCACAACCUUUCUUCCAUCUCUCUUUUUUCUUUGCCUUGUCUUCUCCUUGACUGCACUCCCAUGAGACCAGAGGGAAACCCAUUAGACCUCAACAACUUGCCGGAGGAAUACGGUAAGCAGGCUUUGGAGGAGAGCUCGACGACAACUGCUGCAUCCACCGAUACUGCUAGGUUUAAGAAAAAGAAGAGCGGAGGAAAAGAUGACAGCGCAAAGGCCUACGAGUGCCGGUUUUGCUCCCUAAAGUUCUGCAAGUCUCAAGCAUUGGGUGGUCACAUGAACCGGCAUCGCCAAGAGAGGGAGACGGAGACUCUUAACCGUGCUCGUCAACUCGUGUUCAGCAAUGAAGGUCUGGCUGGGGCCAGCGCUCAUGUGGGCAGCUUGAGAGAUCUAAAUCUCGGGAACACACAACCUAUCCCUCCAGGAGGAUUCCAGCAUAGAGGUGGCAGCAUGGGAGACCCGUGUCUUCAAUACCGGCCUGUCUAUCCGAGGCUACCAUCACAUCCACCACCACCACCACCACCACCACCACCACCACCUCUACAACCAUAUGUUUACCCUACCUCUUCCUCACACCCCAUACCUCACCCACCAUCCUACCCUCCUUCCCAUCAUUCCGUCGGUGAUUACUUCAUAGGCCAUGUCCUCAGCAGUAGCUCCCAGCGCCAACCACAUCACCCCAGUUAUGGACCCGAUUCGAGCUACGCUUUCUUUGGAGCCCCUCUUGCUCACAGCUUCUCCAUGGAAGGGGUACAAGCGCCUAUGACUAGAGACAGUUCCGGGAAUCAAGCAGAUGCGAUGAAUUGGAAUUGUGGCUAUGGACAUGACCAGCACAUGGAUUCCCCCUCUACCAUGGAUCGAUUUCGGGAUAACUUCCAAGGUUAAGGGACAGCAACCACUUGCUCAUUCUGAAUGAAAACAGAAAUAAGGAAUUGCCCAUCCAAGUGAGUUAUUGGAACAAACCUUUAUUUUUCUUCUUGCAUGUUUUUUCCGCCCACCGCUUUGGGUUUGAGAGUGAAGUGAAAGAGAAAUGGAUAUCAACUGAGGAAUGUUGCAUUAUUCAGCCUCUUUCUCUCUCCCUCCCAACCCUCCCGAAUUGGGCACCUUAAAACCCAAGGCAGUUCUUGGUUGAAGACUUGUUGGGACAAUAGGAGAAAAAGGCCUAGAGAAUGAAAGGAGGCAAGGGUUUCCCAACCCACCUUCAGUAAUAUUUUUAGUUUCUCGAGCAUGAAUUGUCAAAGCUAAUGUUCUUAGAGCUCUGGAUGAUACCAAACACUUUAAUCAGUGAGUCUGAGACCGAA